UGCUGCUCGUUCCCUUUCUCUCUGUAGCGCGGCGGUGGGUCGAGCCGCUGUGUGCGUGUGGAACGUUAAGCGGUCAUUAUUUCAAAAUUUUGUCCGUUACAAUUUGAAUGUAUUUUUCAGAAAAAUUCCACCGUUAAAAACGAACGAAAAGGUCGGCCGUUAAAACCCGUCAUUCCACGUUCGAAGCGCUUCGAAAGGACAGUCACGCGCCGCCCGAGUCCCGUUGGUUAACAUGGCGGUGGUUAGCGGGUUGUCCGGGCCGGCGGUGGCCCGGCUCGAGGGCCGCGAGUUCGAAUACCUGAUGAAGAAGCGGUCGGUGACCAUCGGUCGGAACUCGUCGCAGGGCUCCGUGGACGUGAGCAUGGGACACUCCAGCUUCAUCUCGCGGCGGCACCUCGAGAUCUUCGCGGCGGGCGAGGACUCCGGCGGCGGCGGAGGAGGGGAUUUCUACCUGCGCUGCCUCGGCAAAAACGGGGUGUUCGUGGACGGCGUGUUUCUGAGGCGAGGCGCUCCCCCACUGCAGCUACCGCGGAUGUGUACGUUUCGGUUCCCCAGCACUAGCAUAAAAAUCACAUUCACAGCGCUGGCCAGCACAAAGAAAGAGAAGAGGGAACCGGAGUCUCCAGUGAAGGCAGUGCAGCCCCAAAUUUCUCCACUGUCCAUAAACAUCCCUGACAACAUUGCUCACCUGAUGAGCCCUUUGCCCUCCCCCACAGGAACCAUCAGUGCGGCUAACUCGUGUCCGUCCAGUCCCCGCGGAGCUGGUUCAUCAGGCUACAGGGUCGGCCGGAUCGUGCCCUCAGAUUUGCAGCUCAUCAAUGAUAACUCACAGUCAGAGAACGAUAAGGAAGCAUCGGAGGGAGACAGCCCGAAGGAUGACUCUAAACCUCCAUACUCCUAUGCUCAGUUGAUUGUCCAGGCGAUCACACUGGCCCCAGACAAACAGCUCACGCUGAACGGCAUCUACACACACAUCACCAAGAACUACCCGUAUUACAGGAGUGCCGACAAGGGCUGGCAGAACUCCAUUCGGCACAACCUGUCUCUGAACCGCUACUUCAUCAAAGUGCCACGCUCACAGGAGGAGCCUGGGAAGGGUUCAUUCUGGAGGAUAGACCCGUCCUCUGAGGGUAAACUCAUUGAGCAGGCUUUUAGGAAACGAAGACCUCGCGGCGUGCCUUGCUUCAGGACCCCGUUAGGACCCCUCUCCUCAAGGAGCGCUCCAGCGUCUCCCAAUCACUCAGGGGUUCUCUCUGCCCACUCCAGUGGUGUUCAGACUCCUGACAGCCUAUCACGCGAGGGCUCGCCUGUUCCCAUGGAGUCAGAGCCUGCCCCUACCCCGUCCCCUUCUGCCGUCGCUGCUGCUGUGCAACCAAAGCUGGCUGUGAUACAGGAGGCUCGCUUAGCACAGACCACACCAGGUUCUCCUCUCAGCAGUCAGCCUGUAUUAAUAGCUGUCCAGCGGCCGCUGUCUCAGGGCUUGAAGCCAGUGACAUAUGCUGUGGCCACGGCUCCCUCCUCUUCCUCCACGCAGCAAGUGAUGCAGACUGUGCACGUGGUACACCAAAUCCCUGCUGCUGUAGCCGUUAGCACCACUAAAGUUCACACGCAGCCUGUUGCUGCUGUCCCAGCCACCUCAGGACCCCAGGAGAAUGGAGCACAUGAAGAGGUCAAAGUGAAAGUAGAAGCAGUCCCUACUAUCACCCAUGCCACCAUAGGCUCAGCCAAUCGAAUCAUCCAGAGCAGCACAGCUGCCACAGCCCUUCAAACGGUUACCAUAGUGCAGCAAGCCCCAUUGGGCCAGCACCAGCUGCCAGUUAAAACUAUCACACAGAAUGGCACCCAUGUGGUGCCCAUCGCUACUGCGAUACAAGGCCAGGCAAAUGCAGUCUCCAGCCCGCUCCACUUGUUGGCAGCUCAUGCCUCGGCAUCCGCCUCUCUCCCUACCAAAAGGCAGAAUGGAGAGAGCGCUAGUGAGCCCGAGAGUAAACGAGCAAAAACGGAUGAGGAUGAGCAGCAGCAGAGCGUAACCUCUGACCCUAACGGAACAGCAGACACAGACACUCCCUCUGCCAACCACAACUAGACAUUAGCAUAAAACACACCCCCACCCAUCUUUCACAAACUUCUUUGUUCUGCCACACAUUUUCACUAUUUUGCCCUUUUUGCACUCUUCUGUUUGCUUACAUUGUCACUACUGCCCUUCAGCCCUCUAUUGUUGCCUCUCUUCUGCUUGCUCUCUCUUUCUCUCCCCCUGUCUCUCCCUCUGUCUCUCUCCCCCUGUCUCUCCCUCUGUGUCUCUCUCCCUAUCCUGCUCACCGUGCCAAAACAAAAUGAAAACACUGCUGACCAUUCAGUAUGUCCAUAUGAAGCAAAAAAAAACCCAAUAUAUUCCAGUGUCAAUGCAAACAAGGGCAGAGAAACAAGGACAUUAAGAAAAUCCACACCAAACGGACCACAGAAGUGGAUGCAGUGACAUGGGGGCACUUCUGUGUGGUGAGGCAGCCUUCACCAGAGGAAGUUUGUUCUAUUAUCAACGGCAGAGAGAGCAGCCAGCCACUGCCAUCUGGGCCUGAACGCCUGAGGUGUGCGGCGUUUUAAAACAAACUAUUAUCAUCAAACUGUUUAAAAAACAAAAAAACA